UUCAUGCCCUGGGACAUGCUGGUGCGGACACCGGUUAGGUUGUCUGCGUUCUCUGCAUUGUCUGUUGUCUGAUUUGUCUUCUUGUCUCGUUGUCUUCCGUUUCGUUUGUCUGCCUGUCUCCCGUGGACCGUGAAUCGUGAACAUCACUGGACAUUACUGGUGUACAUAGGUACUGUGUAGGUAUUCCGUGGCGAGAGAAACAAACGAAAUUCUAUUAACUUAGGCUUUUAAAGCCUAAAAGCAAAUGUGCUCUACAUUUAAUUAAAAAGUGAAACAUUAAGAACAUUGCGCUGCCACCAUGUCUUCUUCUUCAGACUCCAGUGAUGAGAGUGAACAAUUAAAUUCACGAAAGGCUGAUACAAAGAAUUCAUGUGAAAAAGUUAAAAAACAUGUGAAGCACAGAAAGAAAGGAUCAAAACACAAUGAAGAUAGCAAAGACAAAACAGCAGGGAAUUUUCAAAACUUGUCUUUAGUUGAAAACACAGGAUUGCAAACGAAAAUGUCCAGUGAAAAAUAUAAAGCACCUGAGAAAAGGAUUUUGAGGUCUGAGAAGCAUAAAAGCGAUGCAAAAGACAAGGUGGCAAGUAACAAUGCAAAAAAGAAGGAAGAUAAAAAGGAAAAGUCAAAAUAUUGUAGUAACUCGAAGGUCGAGGUGCCUAAGAAACAUACUGAAAAAAAAGUAUAUAUAAAAAAACAUGUUACUUUGAAACCAUCACAAUCGAAUGUUAAUGACUUAGAUAUAGAAGAAGCUGAUCCGAGUUCUAGUCAAGAAUUUCAGAAAUCAAAAAUCUCCUUCAGCAGUUCUAAGUUUAUGAAGACGUUUUCCCGUAUUAGAGAAGAUUGUACACCAAGUACCGAAAAACAACUGGAUGGCAAAACUAGGAUUAGUAAAGAGCAAAGUUUGCAUUUCAAGUCCAAUGUGAUUAAGAUUUUAAAUAAAUUUAAGGAAGUUUGUUCAGAGUAUGAAUUACAAAUGGAACACGUAAAAUGGAAACAUUUCAAAAAAGAAUUGUUAUAUCAAGAAUCUGCGAAUAAUGUUAUACAGAAAUCGAAGAAUGUGAUCAAUAAACUGAAAAUGGAACUAGAUGAUCAAGAAAAUAAAUUAAUGAGCUUUUCUGAAGAAUGGAAUAAAAAGUGCUGUGCACAAAACAUAGAUCACAACGAUAGUUCCUCUAGCGAUAAAGAAACACUGGAGGCUAUAGAAGCACCGGACACAUCUAAUUCAUCAAAGAAAACAAUAUCUUCCGAAGAAGACAACACAGAUUGCAGCAAAACAUUUUCUGAGAAUGAAGUUAUCGAAGCAGAGACUGAAAAGAAUAAAGAAGGUGAAACAUCGUUGGCUGUUGCAAACCUAGGAGAAAGAGGGAAUGAUAAUAAUGAAAAUACUACAUCUUUGGAAGACAAUAAAGUUGCGUCUUCUAUUUUGAGUAGCAACAAAAAAAAGUUACCAUCCAAUGAUCCGAAUACAAAAGGCAAGCCAAAAAUAAUUGAUGAAUUAGUCAUUUCUGAGAAGAUCGAAAAUUUAAGAAACGACUCAUCACAAGAUCUAUUCGAAGAAUCUAUGAUUGAGGAUGAUGGAGUUCAAAAUUCUUCAAAAAAAGAGCAGACGGAACUUGAGAAACCAGAGAUUCUCACAUUAGGGAAAAAUAGUGAAGAAAUUAGUGCGAAGAUUGACCUAAACAGAGAUGAUGCGUCUUUGGAAGGAAAUAAAUUAAAUACGGAACCGGAUGACGAAGAGUUUUUGAGAAUUGUCGUGCCGAAAACGGAUCUUCCUGAAGAAAAUGCACCAUCGAAAACUGAUGAUUCUGAAUCGGUAGCAACAGUUAUAAUUGAGAGAGAUACAAAAGUUUCUUCGGAUGAACUUGACGAAGAAGAAGCACAAGCCAAGAAGGCAUUGUUGGAUUCAGAUUCAGAGACAGUCCCAAAUAGUGAAUCCGCUUCUGAAAAGUCUGAUAAAGUUUCUAGUGAUUUGAAUUCGAAAGAAAAGCUGCAGACUGAACAGUCAAAGUCUGGAAGGAGGGGUAGGAUGAAGAAAGCAAGGGAUAUUGCCAUAAAAAAGAACAAAUUAUCGUAUAAUAGCGACGAUAUUACCGAGCUUUGUGCUAAACAUGCCCUUCUCGAUUCUAAUUCUGACGAUUCGAUGGGUUCUUCUUCUACGAAGGCAAUGUUUGAAAAAACCAACGAGUCUGACGACAACAGCAAAAAUAGACAAGCAAAGGCAUCACUGUUAGAUUCUUCGAAUAGCGAAUGCUCAAGUACCGAUGAUGAUGAUGAUGACAGUCUACAACUUGCAAAGGUAGGUACUUCUUCGAAGAAUCAGAAAACUGAAGAUGGACUGGAAUCUUUGCAAGACGAAAUUCUGGGAGAAUUUGAUCCUAGGCUUAGCGAAAAAGUGAAGAAAAAGCCACACGAAUUAAGUAACAAAUGUGAAGCUGAUAAAAAGCUGGGAAUGCGACCUUGUAUUGUCCUUAAAAGAUUACCAGAAAAUGAUGUUGAAAAAUAUGCUGGUGCUUUGGAAAAAUCGCGUCAACAUUUGGAGUAUAAACAAAUUAAAAGUCUUAUUAAUUUGGAUAGUCUUCGACGUAACACCAGGAAAACAAUCGAUUCAUCGCCGAGUUCCACGUUUAAGAAGUCUAAAGCAACUACAGAAACAGAAGAGACUCUUUUGGAUCAUUUGAAGAAAGUAGAGAAUGGAGAGUUAGCCGAAAACGUUGAAGAAGAUGCUGUUGUAGACAAUGAAAAUACGCCGAUGAAAGUAACAUCUGAUGUUCAAAGUAACGAAGAGUUAAUGAUGGAAGCUGAUAGAAUUGCGAAGAACAUGCUCCUAAAUUUUGACGACUCGGACUUCGAAAAUCAGAAUGUGGCUUCGCCUCCUGGCAGUAACGAUGAAGAAAAAAAAGAGGAAACAAGUCCAAAAGACAAUGAAAAGAAGUUGACGAAAAAAUCGGAGAAGAAAUGUGCUGCUAGCGAUGAGGACGCUGCGGAAAAACGGGAGAAAAGUAUGUGGAAACGGAACAAAUUAUUGACGAUGAAGUAUUCGUCCUCAGACUCUGAAAUUGAAACUGCAAAGUGGAACAAAAAACAAGAGAAAAUGAAGCAAAAGGCGGGAGAAAAUCAGACAGAAAAUUCGGAUGCCGACGUUACGGUUACUAAGCGAAAAAGAAGACUUCGUAGAAAAAUUCUGGACUCUGAUUCGGACAUACAAUUGGUGGAUUCUGAUUCAGAUUCCAAUAAAUCUGUAACAUUGGAGUCUGCUAAAUCAUCAUCGGACACUGAUUCCAUGUCAGGAAAGAAACAAAAGAAAACACGUAAGCGGAAGGGACGUAAAUCUUCCGAUACAGAUUCGUCGAUUGGAGAGAAAAAAGUAAAGCCAAAAAGAAAACGAAUAAAAAAGGUGGAUACUGACAGCGACGAUGAUUCUGAUAAUGAAGGCGCAAAUUCUCAAGGAACACCUGGCAAGAAAGGUCGCAAGAAUAUUCGAAAAGUAAUGAAAGAUAAGCAGGUUGCAGAUGACACGAAACAAGCUGCGAAAGAAGAGGAGGAGAGGCUUCAACGGAUUGCUGAUCGACAAAAAUUAUACAACGAGAUGUACGAAGCCCGAUUGGCCAGCGAAGAGAAGGUGGAAAAAUUGGUAUUAGAUUUUAAUACUGAAACAAAAGAAGAACUUGUGAGUGUUCACCCGAACAUAGUGAAACGCUUGAAACCGCAUCAAGCCGAGGGAAUCAAAUUUAUGUGGGAUGCCUGCUUUGAAUCUCUCGAAAGGAUAAAAUCGUCUUCAGGUUCUGGAUGCAUAAUCGCGCAUUGUAUGGGUCUUGGUAAAAGUCUUCAAGUAAUUGCGUUAUUGCACACACUCUUAAAUCACGAAGAAACUGGUAUCAAUCGGAUUACGAUCGUGUGCCCUUUAAGCACGGUACUUAAUUGGUAUAAUGAAUUCAACCUAUGGUUGGAGGGCAUCGAAGAUCACAACAUUGAAGUUUACGAAUUAACCAAAUUAAAGAAGAAUAUAGAGAGAAAAUACCAAUUACAAUCGUGGUACAGGACAGGUGGCGUCCUUCUUAUUGGCUACGAAAUGUUCAGAAAUCUCACCGGCACGAAUAAUAAAAUGCGAAAAGCUAUGAAAGAGGAGGUGCUACGCUAUUUGAUAGAUCCUGGUCCUGACCUAAUAGUUUGCGACGAGGGCCAUUUGUUAAAAAACGAGGACACCGCUCUCAGCAAAUCUAUGAAACGGAUUAAAACAUUACGGAGAAUUGUACUCACCGGAACGCCCUUACAAAAUAACUUGACAGAAUAUCAUUGCAUGGUACAAUUUGUAAAACCUAAUCUUCUGGGAACCAAAAAAGAAUUCCUGAACAGAUUCGCGAAUCCAAUAAACAACGGCCAAUACGACGACUCUACCGAAUACGACGUAAAAUUAAUGAAGAAACGAGCUUACGUUCUGCAUAAGAUGUUAAAAGGUUGCGUACAGAGAUUCGAUUAUUCCGUGUUGACGCCGUUUCUACCUCCGAAGCAGGAAUAUGUAAUAUUUGUGAGACUGUCGGAUGUACAAAUCAAAAUGUACCGAUACUAUUUGGAUAAUCUGGCUCGACGUCAGCGUUCUGCAAACGGAUCCCUUUUCUCAGAUUUUCAGUCGUUGCAAAGGAUUUGGACGCAUCCUUACGUGAUGCGUUUAAAUUCGGAAAGGGUAGAGAAAAUGAACGAAAAGAAACAUGAUAGCGAUUCGGAAGGCUCGUUAAGGGACUUCAUUGACGACGAUUCCGAUUCCAACUUGGACAGCAGCAGUUCAAAUAGUAGCAACGAAAAUAACAGUGCUGAUAGCGCAGCAUCGAAUGCUGCUCCGCGGGCUUCAAGGAGUACAAGAAGUACAAAUCCUGAUAUUGAAACAAUUGCGAAACCCGAAGAAAUCGAAAAGAAAGAAGAGACAUGGUGGUCGCAGUUCAUAGAGUCUGAUCACUAUGAAGAUAUGAGUAUCUCCUCCAAAUUGAUGCUCCUCUUUGGCAUUUUGAAAGAAUGCGAACAAAUCGGUGAUAAAGUGUUGGUGUUCUCGCAGUCGUUGUAUUCGUUGACUUUAAUUGAAAAAUUUUUGGGAAAUAUCGACGACGAGACGCAGAAAGGUGAGAAUUCAGAGUAUAUGGGAUAUAGAAGCAAUUGGUCGUUGGGUUUGGAUUAUUUCCGAUUGGAUGGACAAACAUCUCCGGAGAAUAGAAGUAUAUGGUGUAAAAUAUUUAAUAGUCCAAAGAAUACAAGGGCGAGGCUGUUCUUGAUAUCGACGCGUGCAGGUGGUUUAGGUAUUAAUUUAACUGCUGCCAAUCGGGUAAUUAUAUUUGAUGCGAGUUGGAAUCCCUCGUACGAUGUACAAAGUAUAUUUCGGGUAUAUAGGUUUGGGCAGAAAAAGCCGUGCUACGUUUAUCGAUUUCUUGCGGCUGGAACGAUGGAGGAGAAAAUUUACAAUCGACAAGUGACAAAAUUGUCACUCUCCUGCAGAGUCGUCGACGAACAACAAAUAGAACGUCAUUAUAGGAAUAAUGACUUGAACGAGUUGUAUACUUUUGAGCCGAAUACGGAAGGAGAAAGACCAACUUUAAACUUACCAAAAGAUAGAUUAUUAGCAGAAAUAUUUUUAAAGUAUAAAGAUUACGUGGAAAAUUAUCACGAACAUGAUUCCCUUUUGGAAAAUAAGGCCGAGGAAGAAUUGAACGAAGAAGAAAGAAAACAAGCCUGGCUAGAGUACGAAGAGGAGAAGAAAGGAAAGCCAAUGAUUGCGUAUACAGGAGCGGUAAAAUAUCCAAUCAGUGGAAUGUUGAAUCAGUUCAACAACGUAACACCGUGGCAGAAUGUUAACAACGAUUAUGAGAAACUCCAAGAACUGAUACGCAAAGAUUAUCCAAAUGCGACACCCGAAUAUCAAAAAUUGAUGACGACGCGAGUCUUAACCGAUAUGUAUAGCUAUUGGGAGAGGCAGGCUUUCCAUGACACUACUAAUACGUUUACACAUACACAGAUGACGAAUAUUAUUCGAAUGCCUUCUACAGUCAGGAAUAUUAAUAACAUAAGCGGUCAAGAUACAAGAACCGAGAUACCGUUUACUUAUGUGAAUAGUAGAAGCGCUGAUCCGAAAUACGGGGAUGAUGACGAGGUUGUAGAGGUGAUUCCGACUACGACGAGUGGUAAAAGCAAAAAUCAAGAAGAAUGAACAAUAUAGAAGAACAAAGUCUAAUUAAAUGGGAAACAAUAAUGUAUAUUUUGCAUUGUUGUGUUAACGAUGGUAAUUAUGACAUGUUCGCUACUAUUAUUCAGCCGAAGAACCUCGCAUAAAAACAUGUACGACACUGGUGCGCAAACGAAAUGUUCAUACUGCAGAUAACAUAUCACACGUAUAUGUAUAUGUCACGCAUGCCUAGCGAACAUGUUAAUGUCGUGUUACUAACUACAGACGUAACUGUAUUCAUUAUACGAUUUUUUUUAAGUUUUAUAUACACACGUCACAAGUCUAUUAAUUAUGAAUAGGUUACACACAGGAUUCAUUAUUACUAGUAGUGAUUGCAGCUUUUCUCGUGCAUAUACUAGAAUCAGUAUUAAUGUAAUAUAAUACUAUUAUAAUCUUUCUUAUAAUAA